UACCUCUUUCUUCUUCCCUUACCUCUCCUCCACACUUCUUCCUCCUCUCCUGCUCUCCCUCCUGCUUAAUAACCCACUGCUUAAAUAUUUAGCUCCCCCCAGUCCCCUCUUCCUAGGAUCAGCCAGGGAGCAACUCCCGCUCAGGGUCUCCAAAGGCGAAAAAGCCCCCCCACCCCCGGGAUGAGGUCGACAGCAACUCCUGCCUAUCUCGCUCAAGUCGCAACUCGGGAGCCGGAGCAGAAACGUUCCGAUAACGCAGAAGCUUCUGCUCGGCCACCUCCCUUUCUCUGCAACCGAACAUGUUAGCACUUCCCGAAAUGCAACGCUGGGCGUCCACAUCAGCAGCGCCCGCGGCACUUCAGACGACCCGGCGCCGCGACGCUGCUGCUCCAGAAGCGCUUCGGAGGAUGCUACUUUAUUUGCUCCUGUAUCCAGCCCUGCUGAUAGGGAGUAGUGAAGCUCAGAAUGACGAUUGGAUCGAUCCAACAGACAUGUUGAAUUACGAUGCAGCAUCAGGAACAAUGCGAAAGCCUGCCGAGCAUGGGAAUCAGGAUGAUUUUGAAAAGAAUAGAUUACCACAAACAAAAGUGGCCGAAGAAGAUCUAAUGGAAAUUUCCAGGUGCCAAACAAAAUUAAAUUCUGUAACUCAUAAGCUUGAUGAAUAUGAAAAAAAAUAUAAAGUCAAAUUACAUGAAAGCAACAGCAUUCAUGUUUUUAGAAGAUACUUGAACAAGAUUUUAAAUGAAGUUGGAAGACUUGGACUGCCCAAUGAUAACACCAGGGAAGUGCAUUACGAUGCUGAAAUCAUCCUCACCAGACAAUCAGUUAAUGAAAUUAACAAGUUCCUUAAGGAAGAAGGAUGGAAAUCUGCAUCUCUAGAUGAAGCCGUUAAUAGUAUCCUGAUUAAUUGUAGACCUCAUGAUUAUGAAACUUGGAAAUGGAAGUUUGAGGACACAUUUGGCGUUGAUCCCUAUAAUGUCUUCAUGGUUCUUCUAUGUUUAGCAAGUAUCUCAGUCAUCAUUGCGACAGAAUUAUGGACACGUGUUAGUUGGUUGACUCAGAUGAAGCGUCUUAUGAUCAUCAGUUUCCUCAUCAGUUUUGGGUGGAACUGGAUGUACCUCUAUAAGGUGGCCUUCGCUCAGCACCAGUCGGAAGUGGCCAAAAUGGGGAACAUUGAUACAGUCUGUGUGGAGAAGAUGCAGGUGAUGGACAGCUUUUGGGAGUAUUUUAGAACUUCAUUUACGUUCCAAGAUGAUCCUUGCCGAAAAUACCACGAAACCCUCUUGGUAAAUCCGAUUUUGUUCGUUCCUCCAACAAAGGCCCUGGCUGUUACAUUUACCAAUUUUAUAACAGAACCACUGAAGCACAUAGGAAAAGGAAUUGGUGAAUUUAUUAGAGCUCUCAUGAAAGAAAUCCCAGUUCUUCUACAGAUUCCAGUGCUGGUCAUAAUGGCAGGAGCAACUUUAAUUUUCUGCUACGGGGCAGGGAAAUCGGUCACUAGUCUAAGAAGUUUACAACACCAGGAAAGGCCACAGCCUCCUGCUCUUCCCCCAAGGGAUGGGAAUCAGCCACCACCAAUGCUGGAGCCGAAGCAGAAUGGGGCGGAUGGCAAGGCAGGCUACUUGACUGGCAACACAGAGGAUAUCCCGGGAGGCCCUUACGACAGAGGAGAUGCAUCAAGAAGAGACAGACAAGCCAGAUCCGACUGUGGCCAUAAAAACAGCAUAGAGGUUGUGCAAGCUGGCAGUGCGCUGGAUGUUCCAGCAGAAGAACAUUCUAAGAUGGCAGCCAAGAGUGAAUUAAAUCCUAAAGAAGAGAAUCAGGCUAAUGAUGUAAUGGAGAAAACCAACAGAGAUUCAGACCUGGAGAAGACAAACAUUGUUGAACGUAGCCAAGUGCCAAAGCAUUCAAAAAGUAAUGGACACAAAACAAAACGUGGCAGCAGUGAAGACAGAGUUGUGAGGCGAAGACGGAAUCCCAAAGCCCCAGAAUUUCAGGGGAAAGAAAACGGCUCACGUGGAUUGGAAGAAUCCAGAGACAGGAUUAUAGAAACCUUGAACCCUUCUGAACAGUAUCAGAGGAACUCUGCUUCCUGACAGACCUCUCUACCAGAUAGAAGCCUUUUUUUAUAUAAAAACAAAAUAUUUUUAAUCAAAAAGAAUUCAUCGUUCUGAAAUAAAGAAAAUUAUUCACUUUGUAACCCCCCAGUGCAUCUUGAUCAAUCAGGAUGUUUUUCUCCUGACAGCUCCAAGGCAUUUUGAAAGGAUCUUACAGAAUUAUGUAUUAAAUAUAUAAAACGUGCAAGAAUGUUGUAAAUAUACGGCUUGACAGGGAAAUAAAAGAUUUUACUAUAUAUG